AUGAACGAAUGCGCGAUCGUUCUUCCGAACGAGGACGACAAGUGGCUCGAUUUUCGCAACUACGGACGAAAAGAGAGACUUUCUUACGUGAUAUACGCCGAUUUGGAGUGCGCGUUAGAGAAGGAGGAGGAAGAAGAGAGCGAAUUAAUACCACGAAACGGAUUUACUUAUCAACAUCAUACAGCAUUUUGCGUUGGCUACUACUUGCGAUGUGUACGAGACGAGGAUGCGACGACGUACAAAUUUUAUCGUGGUGAAGAUUGCAUAUCAUGGUUUGCGCGAGAAUUGAACGCUCUCGCGCAUCGCGCGAAGCAGACUCUCGACGCGACUGUGUCUAUGACGCAGCUCACGUCAGAUGAGGAGCGUUACGAUGCGCACUUUAUCAUCAAAGAGAUCGCUAACAGUUUCGAGGGUAGAAUAAAAUUGUUACCGUUGACCAAAGAAACGUACAUCUCGUUCACGAAAGUUGUUCAGAAUACGUCGCUGAGAAAGGGGGACACUUGUGUGAAACUGCGAUUUGUAGAUUCGUUUAAAUUCUUAGGGGCCAGUCUCGCGAAAUUGGUGUCGUACCUAGACAAGAACGAACUGCUAAUAACACGGUCAGCGUUCUUGAAUCUCGAUGACAAUGAUUUCGAAUUGCUCACACGCAAGGGUACGUUCCCGUACGAGUAUGUUGAUAGCAUCGAUCGGUUGCUCGAAACCGAGUUACCAUCCCGUGAGGCUUUCUACAGUUCGCUGACCGGUGAGAGCGUCAGCGAUAACGAUUACGAGCACGCAGUCAAUGUGUGGCAACGUUUCCGCAUUAGUAAUCUUGGCGAGUAUAGUGAUUUAUAUUUGAAAACAGACGUUCUGUUGUUGGCAGACGUUUUUGAGAAUUUUCGUGACAAAUGCAUACGGAGUUACGAUUUGGAUCCUGCUCAUUAUUACACGUUACCGGGGUACACAUGGGAUGCUAUGUUGAAACAUACGGGUGUUCAAUUUGAAUUGUUGACUGAUAUCGAUAUGCUUCUCUUUGUUGAACGUGGUGUACGCGGUGGUCUGAGUCAGUGUUCCAACAGAUACCCGCGAGCUAAUAAUAAGUAUCUUUCGUCACACGAUCCGUUGAAACCGUCGACAUAUCUCAUGUACUAUGACGUGAAUAAUCUUUACGGAUGGGCUAUGUGUGAAUCAUUGCCGUACGCGCAAUUUCAAUGGGUCAACGACGUGGAGAGUCUAGACAUAAUGUCGGUGACCGCGGAUUCCGAUAUCGGCUACAUUAUGGAGGUGGAUCUUGCGUAUCCGCGCGAACUCCACGACGCCCACGCGGACCUUCCGUUCUGCCCAACGCGCGCCUCACCCCCCUGCAAGGUUACCGAUAAGCUUCUAGCGACGCUUCACGAUAAGUCGCGCUAUGUUAUACAUUAUCGCAAUUUGCAGCAAUGUGUGCGUUAUGGGAUGCGUAUACUUAAAAUUCAUCGCGUUUUACAAUUUGCACAAUCACCAUGGCUGCGUGGAUACAUCGAACUGAAUACAAUGUUUAGAACUCGUGCGAAUAACGAAUUCGAGAGAAAUAUGUACAAGCUUAUGAACAACACGGUUUACGGGAAGACAAUGGAAAACGUGCGCGAGCACGUUGACGUGCGUCUUGUGACGCGUUGGGAGGGAAGGUAUGGAGCGGAAGCGCUAAUUUCAAGACCGAAUUUUCACAGUAGAAGCAUUUUCUCCGAGGAUCUGAUAGCUGUUGAGUUACGGAAACUGGAGGUAAAACUCGUUAAACCAAUCUACGUUGGCAUGUCCAUUCUGGAGAUAUCAAAAACGCGAUUGUACGAUUUUCACUAUGAUUAUAUGGUGCCCUUAUAUCGCGGUGUGUGUAAGAUAAUGUACACAGAUACGGACAGUCUGAUCUAUUUUGUCGAAUGUGACGAUAUUUAUGAGGAUAUGAAACGCUCCAUUGAAAGAUUCGACACGAGCGACUAUGCCGAGAACAACGCGUACGGUAUGCCGCGCGCGAACAAAAGCGUUUCGGGUCUGAUGAAGGAUGAGAAUCGUGGCACGAUUAUGAUAGAAUUCGUAGGUUUGAGAGCGAAGAUGUAUGCCGUGAGAGUGCUCGGAAUGAGCGACACGAAAAAGAUAAAGGGUGUAAAGAGAAAUGUAGUCGAGCGAACGAUAACGUUCGACGAUUUCAUGCAAUGUUUGCGCGAUAUGACGGAGCAGUCGAGAUCGCAAUUCUGUGUGCGGUCGAGACUGCAUGAGGUGUACACCGUUUCCGAAACGAAACUCGCUCUCAGUCCUCACGACGACAAGCGAUACGUCGUGCCCGAAUCCUACGAUACUUUGCCUCGGGGACAUUACAGGGUGCCAUAA